UAAAAAGCGGGAAUGACAAACAAAGCGCUCUUUAUAAGCAGUGCGCUACGUACAUAAUGGACAUCUCCGAAACCAAUCAGCUGUAGGUUUUUAGAAUUCGUAACUUUAUAGAUUUCAUCCUUCAUCUUAACCAAAGCAUCUCCAACUACUGGUUGAUUAUCUUCGUUGUUGUCUACAUUUGUGUGCCUUCAUAUACAAUGGAUGAAGAUGUAUGUUCCAGUAAAAGCGAAGUAGAUAUGACGUGUAGUGCAGAGUUUGAUGCGGAACCGUUUAUUGAUAAUGAUGCACUUAUGACCACUGGAGCAGUUGAUCGUAUACUGAAAGAGUCCGAAUCACUCAAAUCAACUCAACUUAAAGUUGUUGGAAAUGUUGCGCAAUCAUCAGAAAGUCUACUUAGUGAGGAUAGCAGCAAUACGAAAUCUUCAACUAAGCAGGCUACUUGUUCAACUCCGGAAGAUCCUUGCUGGACAAAUGACUUGCUGCACGUUUUUGUUCUUAGCGAGGCUGGAAAACCCAUAUAUUCACGGUAUGGAAACGAAAGUGAUCUGUCCUCCGUAAUGAGCGUCAUGCAAGCUCUUGUUUCCUUCGUUGCGAAUUCUGGAGAUGAGCUUCAGUUAAUCAAUACAACUGACAAAAAGUUCUUGUUCGUUUCUCGGUCGCAUCUUAUAUUAGUGGCAUUUAGUCCAGUUUCUGAACCCACUCCACAUCUGCUAACCUGCCUCGAAUAUGUAUAUAACCAGAUAAUAAGCUCGUUAACUUUGCAAAGAGUGGAGAAACAAUUUACAAGGCAUGCUAAUUUGGAUUUACGCAAACUCCUUGUUGGGGAUGAUCGACUUUUAUCUUCUAUCAUAAAUCGCGUAGAAGAGACUUUUGGGGUAUUUUUGAAUGCAAUCAGCUGUACACCACUUCCAGAAAAUAGCAGAGCUGCAAUUUCACAGAUUAUUUGUCAAAAUGCCAAAUUACGUGGUUUGGUGUUCGGUAUAUUAUUUCACAAAGACGAUAUUGUUAGCAUUGUACGCAUGAAGAACCAACAACUUUCCCCAUCAGAUAUUCAUUUACUUCUAAAUCUAAUUGGAAGUUCACAGUCUUUCAAAUCGGCACAGUCUCAUUGGUUACCGAUCUGUCUGCCUAAAUUCGAUGCUAACGGGUUUCUAUAUGCCAGUGUUACUUAUCUUAAUGAUACAACAUGUAUGGUCUUGCUUACUGUUGAUAGUGAAAAAUUUUAUCCACUCAAGUCAAUUACCGAAAAAGUAUUCACACUAUUAAAUACUACAAAUAAUGGCGAUCACUUAUCUGCGAUUAUGUCUUCAAAAUUUCCACAAAUUUCUGAUACUGGCAUUAAGAAUUUACGGCAUUUUGUAUAUAAAUCGAUUCCAAUCGGCCAAUAUAUUGCCAGUGAAUGGACUGUGCCAUAUGCUAUCGCUUAUGAAUUAUCUAAAGAAUCUCCAGUUGGAAUGGAUCCCGAGAGAAAAACUAAACUUCUUAAUGAUAAUAUUGUAAAUAAAUUACGUCAUAAUGUUUUGUUAUCGUAUAAACGCCUUCAUAUGAGACUACAUUCCUCUGCAAUACCAACAAGAUUCAUUUACAAAGUGACAAGUACCGAAUUAUUUUUUGGCUGGAAAACGGAUCAUUUCGAAUUAUAUGCCACAUUAGAACCAAUGAUUACAAUAACAGAAUUAGGUGAAAUUCGUAAACAAUUAUUAAAAUGGAUUGAAUCAAAGAAAACACAAUUUUUCAUUUUAUCAUGUCCAACAUUUUCAUAAUUUUUUAUUUAUUUAUCCUACCAAUACUACUUAUUCAUUUUUUACAAUCAAAAAUGUAUCAUGAUAUAGUUCAUUUAAUUAUAAAAUAAUGUUAUA